AUGACUACUUCUCACAGACCUCAGUUGGAGGCUAGAAGUGGGGCCAAAAGUGCUAAUUAUGUUCCUACAGGAACACAACAUGCGAGGUUGUUGCCUGGACACACCAAGAUUAAAUAUAGGGAAGCCAAGAAAAGUGAAGAUGCCGGUAGUUCUGACAGGUCAGGUUCUGAGUUACUUGCUUCUGGUGUUGCAUGUGGUCAAGAAGAGAGAGUAGAUGAUACUGAUGAUGCUAAUGAUUAUGAAGGGGAGGAAGAGGAAGAAGAUGAGGAUGAGGAUGAGGAUGAGGAUGAGGAUGAGGACCAAGAACUUUUAUUACAGGAACUUGCUAAGAUAAGAAGAGAACGUAAGAUUAAAAAGAUAAAGCUGGAAUUGCAAAAUAGAGAAAAAGGAAUACCCACUGAGGAACUAUCAAGAGAUUCGACAGUAUCGCCAGGUGAAUCUUCGUCGUGGAGAAAGGAUACGAUCUUUGGGAAGAGAAAAAUCUCAAAGCCAGUAAAAAAUACACCAAAUAAAUCGUCGGAAUACAUUAAUGAUUUAACCAAAUCCAAAUAUCAUGAAACAUUUUUGAAAAGAUAUGUCAGAUGA